AUGAGCGACGCCGAACCUAUUAACGGUGGUGAACGCGAUCUAGCGUGCUCGGCUGGCGUCGAAAACACGUCGUUGAACGUGGCAGCGGUCAACAUCGAUACCGCGUCGGCUACCGGCGACGAUGCGGCGCCGGCUGCCGGCGACGAUAAUCGCAGCGAUGCCCCAGCUGCCGCGCCCGCUACUGGCGACGACGAUCCCAACGAUGCAACCCCAGCUGCCGCCUCGUUUACUCGGCACCCCAACGACCCUUUCUACUACGUAGAAACGCUCAAGCGCAUGUGGGCGAAGGAUGCUAUUCGGAAGUUCAUGGACGGGCACCUGGAAGGCUACCGCGUUGCGCGCUCACAAACGUACACACGCGCUCGCGACUAUAUCGACACGGUUACCAACGCAUACUUCGAUUUCGUACCUUGGCGUCACAAGGUCUCCGACCCCAUUCCGGACGACUUCGAUCCUCGAGUUGUCGAGAACUUAUCUGAGGUCGAGGAAGCCCAAAAGGCCGCAAAGAUAGAGGCUAUGAAAUCUUCCAUCAAAAACUGGCUUGACUAUCGAAUUGACAACAACAAGCUCGUAGGCCGCCCAAGCAGCAAAGAGAACGAUGUUUGGGCGCGUGUUCUCCGGCAGCUAGCUGGUAUUUCUCCUUCGAAACCCAAGAAGCUUUCGGCCGGCCAGUUUUGGUCGAAGUCCCACUACACCACUGUUGUCAAGGCAGACUUCGACGCUCGCUGGGAUGUCGAGAAGGGCAAGUUGGGGAGCAAGCACCGCUCCUCCUUCCGCGAGAAGAUUACCGCCGAGCAUUUCGGUAGGCUUUCGGAGGAGGCCCAGCGCUCCUGGGCAACAAAAGCGAAGGAGGCUCACGACAGCGAAGUCGCUCAGUGGAAUGCUUCACUCAAUGCUCCCAUUGAUAGCUCCCCUGAGGCGCGACAGAUCGCCAUUGACAAUGCGCAGGCGUUCCUGACCCCCAUCCUUGAGCACGUCCAUAAUGCCACAGGAUUUCAUGCCAGUGUCUUUCUGGGAGGACCCGAACCUCGGAAGGGUGGCCGCAUUAACGUUAUCACUAUGCACCAGGGAACCAGCCUUGCCUCAGUCCGUCAAAAAUGGCCCGCCGCCAAUCCAACGUCGUACAAGGCCGCGCUCAGACAGUAUUUGGACUUUCUAGAAACGUGCUUCACCACCAAAACGAAAGCGGCGGCGGCGCUUCCACAAACCGACGGGGCGAAGGUUCCAGAAGGUUUGAUCCCUUUGGAGGACGCAGACCAGAACGCCGAUCAGGAUACCUCGGAACCCUCGACACUUCGCACCCCGCUUCCUCCCGCAUCAGCAUCUCCCGUUCCCGUAGGUUCGAAUUCGGAAGCCGCAUCUCCGGCCGCCACCACGCCUCGUGCUCGUUCUGACGUGACCGGUGCUCGAUCUGGUCCCGCUGGCAUUGAUCCCGCGGCGCUGGCGACAGCAACUACCGGAGACGCGGUUCUAUCCAAAGAUAACAAUGCUCAGGUGGCGUCAACAGCGGCUCGCCCUCCUACUAAUUCGUCUGGCCGGCCCAAACCCACACAACGUAAGAAGAAUUCCCCCACGAUGUCGUCGUCCGACGACACCGUCACACCUGCGAUCCAUGAGAAGCGCAAGCGCGGACGGCCUGCCCACGAAUCUGACGAAGACUCAGCCGUCGAGACCGACUCCGAGCACAGUGUCGAUAGCGAUAGGGACACGCCCAUUCCGAGGGUUUACAACACACGUCGCCGUACUAGGCCCGCUCAUGGCGAAGCCACUCAGGUGUCAAAAGCAUCCACCGACUGCGUCUCGAAGGACAACGCCAAUUCAUCGUCAGACAAUCCCACUAACGGCCAAGCGUCCGGGGGCGUCCAAACAAGAAACCCUUUGAACACCACCCAUGCAGCUACACCCGCAGAUACCGUUGUGCGAGAUGAUCGCCUUCAGGCUGCAGACGCCACUGAAAACACCGGUAGUAUAGACGCUCGUGUAGGUGUUGAAGGAGUCGUCAAGACGUGCCCCAGCAACCUCCAUCUGCUCGACAACGCUCCCGAGUGGAUCCAGAAUGCGCUGGGGUACCUCAGCGCGCCCGAUGACCUGAGGGCGGAGGAUCGCCGCAAGGUCAAGGGGGGUCAGCCGGGCGCGAUCGGAGACCGACAGGGCUGGACACUUCCCGACUCGUAUAGGCGACUCCUCGAAGAAUACGUGCGUCUCGAGAGUUCUUCAAACUUCUCCUCACCUCAAGGACCCGCGGGCACGUUGGACUCUAAGGAACGGCCGACCGAAGUACCUUGGUGGAUCGCGCGUAAGCGCAAGCAGGGAGUCCGCCCGACAAUCAAAGACCUCGACAAGUAUUUGGAGCAAUGGUGGAAGUGGUGGAUUCAGCUUCAGCCUGAGUGGCGAGAGCUACCGAUGCCCUCCGGCAUCUCUCCUUCGUCCCUUCCUCGCGAGGAUGGAGACUGGACCGCCCUCGACAAACCCGGCAUCAACGGUUUUUUAUCUUUGAUGGUGUCUUUGAAGUGGGGAGGCAGCGAGACUCACGGAGCGUCGACAGACCCCCAGUGGCUGGCGGCUGUAGAAGACAUUCAGUGGGUGAUGAGCUGCAUCACACGCUCUCGCGCCAGGUAA